AUGGCAACAGAGAAGGUGACGGUAACGCAACGCAUGACAAAAACAAUGCCGGUGACACGACUUGCCGCGAAUGAGAAUAUCACUACGUCCACAACUACAACAUUGCUGUAUAGUGUGAAAACCCGUGCUCCGCCAUACAUACGUUCCACGAUGGGCUCCAGCACGGUAUCUGAGACGACCAUAACCACUCCUUAUCCGGGAGCAUCGAGCACUGACAAGUUUUCGUCUUUACUUGCGAUAAUUUGCGUGCUUCAGUCUUUGUGUCGAAAUGCUUAUGCUUAA